AUGACGCGCAAGCUUGUCACCAAGGUCAAGGCAACCUACCCUUCUUCGUUCCCGGACGAGCUGCCGCGGCCGGAGCUACAGAUGGUGUACUUCUCAGCGGCAUUGAUGGGUGGUCAGGUACAGGGGCGGCCCCUGAAGGAGAUGCUUCUCGAGGGUCUCAGGGCCCUCGGCUACUCGGUCGUGGUUAUCUGGCCAGAUCGGUGCAGGGCGGCCGCAGCCCGGGUUGAGAGUGUGAGAUGGGACACGCCGGCUUUUCCGGUGCCGUUGGCGCUUUUUAGGCUGUAUGUGGCGGCCAAGGAGACGGCGCCGAGCCUGGCGAAGCGCAUCCUGUGGAGAAAAUGGAUACGGAAUGAAAGCAACUCGAGAAAGUAG